AUGGAGCCUGGUGGCUGUGCUGACCUGGCAUCUGGGCAACUGCGUGUUUGGUCAGCUUCUGGAGAAGAGUUGGCCGCUGUUUGCACAGAGGAGCUCGGUGAUGUCCUGGCGUUGAAGCGGCAGCUGACCCGAGUCUGUCAAACGCCACGAUUCCGACAACGGCUUUUGCAUGAUGGCGCUGUUCUGGAUGAUGCUACCGCCUUGCCAAAAGCAGCCUUCGACUUGCAGCUGGUUUUAGUUCCCUUCAGCCGUGCCUACAGGAAGCACCGGGAUGAAUUGAUUGAGGCGGCUGCAACGGGCCAGCUACUCGAGGUCGAGAAGAUUCUGCAGCGCCCCCAAGAUGCAGAUUUGCCUGGGACGCAGAUGGGAAAGAGACCUCUCGUAGAGGCCUCAUCUGCAGGACAUGUCGAAGUGCUGGAGUUGCUGUUAGAAGCCAGGGCUGACUCGAACUUAACAGGUGCUGAUGGAAAGACAGCUCUACAGUUGGCAGCCAGGAGCGGCCAUGUGGAAACAGUGCGCAUCUUGUUGAAAGCAGGGGCUCUGACAGACCUUUCGUAUCGCGACACCUACAUGACAGCUCUUCAUGAGGCAUCGAGUUCUGGUCAUUCGGAAGUUGUGCGUUUGCUGUUGGACGCUAGAGCAGACAAAGACAUCAAGGCUGUGAAUGACCAGUCAGCCCUUCAGCUCGCGUCCUCACGUGGCCAUGCGGAGACUGUGCGAAUGCUUCUGGCGGCCGGGGCUGACACAGACUCGGUGAGCAUUUCUGGGACAGCGCUACACAUUCGGAGGAUGCUUCUGCAAGCCAGAGCUGACAUGAGCAGCUUGAACAGCUGGCGUGGGUCGCCGCCGCAUGGGGCAUCAGCACAGGGGCAUGUUGAAGUGGCCCGGACCUAUGCUGAACUUGGGGAACUGCUCCAGAAAACUCCAACGUAG